AUGUUUAGCUUUGGCCUCAAACUUUACCGCUUUUCUGAACAGUCAGGUGAGCUCGUUCUGUCUUGGAGGGACGACUCUAGGGGGCGGUGGAGGGCAAUUCAUCUCCCUUCUGUGCUACGCGCACAAGCUCUUCAAGAUCUGUGCCUUGCAAGGGGUGACACCUCUCUCUUCAUUCUGAGUAGACCGGAGCAGAAGGUCUACCACAUGUACAACGACUUGAGUCUUUCAAAGAAGAUCUCAUUCAUUAACAUGGAGGCCAUGAGCAGUCGUAUUAACUCGAUUGCCUACACUGACGGAUCCUACUGCAUUAUGGGCUUCACUCCUGACAUGCGUGGAUACAUCAUAGACGGAAAGAAGGGGGGUCGAUUUUUGUCUUUUAGAACAGCUCCAGGCGCGGCACUAACAGAGAUCUUCCACGGGCGUGUAACUAGCGUGCACCUGAUUUCUCUGGACAAAGGUAUGUACGCCAUUGUACACUAUGACCAGAUAGCUUGUAACCUUUUACAAGUCGAUCUCGAAAAUUACGUUUGCACAAGCCUCGCCGAUCACUCUUUUGAUUAUGCCACUAGGCUCCUUUAUGUUUUUAGAGCAAACUUUCACAUUGUUGCCAUCUGUGGCUCAAAGUCAAUGGCCUCCAGCAACGUGAGUGAUCGUGGAGAGGGCAAUAGCAUAGCAAGCUUCACGUUGUCAAUGUCCUCUAGCAGAGUGGGGAGCUCUCUUUGUGCCAUCGUAUUCAGCGUUGGCUCAUCUCCAGUUCCUGUUUCUAAGCAGCAAUCUAAGACAAUCUCGCUAUUUACCGAUCUUCCUGAUGUAUUCCGAAAGGAGUGCAUCUAUCAUAGUGGGAACUUAGUGGCUUUUGAUGGUAGUAUCAUUGAAUGCGGCCCACUGGGCAAGCUGCUUUCUACUUCGGCGUGUUUGACCAAAACUGAGAGCUUCAAGCCAGUGCGUGCAAGGGAAGAUGCAGUUCACGUUGAUAGCUUUUCAAUGAAUUUGUCUGAAAUCAGUCGGAACUCAGACCGGAAUGGCCAUGAAGACCGUGGCUCAUUAGAUGGCCUCAUUCUCAGACAAUCCACUGGGUUUGGAAAUAAUAAAGAGAAGCACGACGCACCCCGCGAUGCUGUACCUUUGACAGAUGAAGUACGAGAGGCAUAUGAAUACCUUGGGAUACCCAUAGAUGAUGACCACGUGAGUCUUGACCUAUUGGUUAAGGGACUUGUCGGCACCGUUGCCAAGCUGCGAAUGACAGAAGUGGCCGCAGCCACAGAGACGGCAUCUCUGAAAGAACAAGUCGAUGAGCUUAAAAAGUCUCUGAGCGAGAUUAAGAAGAACAACGAGACGCAAAUGAGUAUUUGUCGGAAUUUCAGCGAUAGCUUAGACGACCUCAUGGCAGAUCGCAAAAGCAUACACGAUACUCUGGCCAACCUAGAAGCAAACAUAACCGAGCUCGCGCAACAACAACUUAUUUUAGCAUCUAAGCAUCAUAAACAUUCGGUACCCAGGACAAUUGACUUAGGCAACGCCCAUGAUGGGCACUCUAUGCCAGAAAAAGACCUUACUACUUCCGAUAUUUCUGCUACAGUGGCAACUAAGAAAGAAGCCCCUAAUUUUGUUGGCGUGGAGAUGUCGACACAGACAAGGAGAGUAGCAAGGACAGGAAAGGCCAAGAGAAGCGUGUCAUCUUCUCCCAAAACAAAUCCAGCCUCUUACAAGGAGAUAGAGCUUGCCGUUCAACACACUCUUCGCUCGCUAUCGCCAACUAGGCGUGUUGUUCAGGCUCCACCGCAGCCCAUGCUAUAUUCAAUGACUCCAUCAACAUCCUUGGUGGACAGGACGGUCCACUCCAACCUCGAGCUUGAGCUCUUAUUGUUACGCGACGAAAAUGAAAGACUACGAAAGCGGUCGGCCUUUCGCUCUGCGUCCACCCCCUCUGCCCCUAAUCACACCUCUGCUGUCUCUCCAUCUUCCAUGGCAGAGCGACUCAGAUUUAUUACUAAGAAGAUGGACUCCUCAAUGGGGAGAGCUCGAAAGAUAGAGACAGCCCUGGAUGCAGUCGAUAGGAGCGGACAUCUUGCAGCUCUAAACGCGAUAGCUGAAUAG